AUAGUGAAUGAUUAUUUAGUAGUGUCGGUUAAUAUUUUGACUAAAUUACUAGGAAAUUCGAUAUCGACAGUGUUUCGAUUAUUAAUUAAUUCAAUAUGAAGUCGUGGUUCACAUUUAGUAUUUAUUAAAAGAUCGAGUAUAUAUGACGAUACAUUUUAAAGCCAUCGGUGCUUAAUUGGCGAUUUAUUGCCACCAAUCAUAACCUAUAUUUGUACAAUAUACGUGAUGUAUGUACGAAUGGCUGGGAAGCUAUUAAACAAUACAGUUAUUUGUUAAUUUCUUUUAGUGCAAGAAGAGAAUACUCGGAUGAAUAUGUUGACGUUAUGAAAAAAAUAAUAUUUGACAAGGUUAUACAUAUUUCAUCCACAUGACUAAAGGAAAAUUGAGGGGCUCAGACUCCAAUAACAAGUUAACAGCCUCUAAUACAAUUUUUAAAAAUGGAGAAACUUAUACAUCAGAGUUUGAAAUUAACGAAAUACCACCUAGUGCCCGCACAUUGCUUACAAAGGGUUAUAUACAAGAUGAAAUCAAUUCUUAUUCAGGGGCUACUGUUUCAACACGUGGGCGUUUCAUGACGGAACAAGAAAAAUUACGAUGUCCGAACGAACGUCCUCUGUACCUAUACAUACAAGGCCAUACGAAACACAAUGUAGACCUGGCCAUACAAAAAAUUAAUGAGAUCAUUAAAACAGAACAUCAGAGUUCUUUAAAUAGGCCAAGUAGGUUUACUAACGCACCGCCGCCUCUCAUGAGCUUACAUUCUGGAAUUACAUCGGUGGAAAAGAUUUGCGUCGGGAUAGAAAAUGCUCCCGAGGGAUUUGAUUUACGAGGUAGAAUUAUAGGUACAGGUGGAGCUAAUUUAUUGUAUAUUAGAGGGGAAACUGGUGCAAAUGUAACUUUAAGAGGUAGAGGGUCGCAAUUCAUUCAUCCGGCUUCAGGAGCUGAAUCCCCAGAACCGCUACAUUUAUACAUAGAGCAUCCAAAACCGGAAGCACUGCAAAAUGCAAAACAGUUAGCGAUUAAUUUGAUUCAAACAAUGCAGUCUGAAUUACAAUUAUACAUACAACAACAACCACCACCAGUACAAUCACAGCAAGUUAUAGAACAGUCGCAAAUACAACAAACACAAUUUCAAACCAUGAACAUUGGUACUUUGGGACAACCUAAUGUUGUUACUAUACAACAUCAAGAUAUCAUACAACAUCCACAAAGUAGCGUAGUAACAUUGCCAGCAACGAUUCUCACUGCUACGGUAGCUGGUGCGCCGGGAUCUGGUAUAACAGUUCCUCCGCCUGGAGUACACAUUCCUCCUCAUUCUGGGCCAUUGGUACCACCGCCGCAAGCUCAGGAAAUACAAACUUUCAUGCCACCUCCUCCGGUCGGACAAGUGCAAUUAAUUGGUCCUCCGUCGACAGUAAGUCAAGUACAAUAUCAAAUUCAUCCUGGCCAACCGCUGCAAAUUCAAGGGAUUCAAUCUGGAUCACAGUCAUCGCCACAACCUGUUACUCAAAUGUACGUCAUGAGUCAGCCACCGCCGCAGAGUCCAGCUCAGCAGAACUUUAUUACAAGUAGUAGCGCGCCUGUCAGCGGUGCAGUUUCUUACGUGUACACGCAACCAAACAUACAAAGGCCUUCUACACCGCCGCAAGGAAUAAUCGAAGCCGUGAACGUGAAUUUACAACAGCCGCCUCCAGCUGCCCCGAUUAAUAUAACUCAACAACCGCCUCCGCCAUUGCUGCAUCUACAUUUUCCACCGCCAAACUUUCCUCCAAACCAGCCACCGCCGCCUGUACCACAGACUUACCAGAUACAGUAUCAGCAAGUGCAAGCACCGGUGUCGCAAGCGCAGACGCAGUUUGUGUUGCAACCCGGUGAACAUAUCGUUCCACCGCAGUUGCAACAAAAUCAUGAACAAUCUCAGGCUGUGGCUCAACACAUGUUGCCUCCGCAGUUCGACAGUCAUGUUCCUCAAUUUCAUUUGCAAGUACCUCCUCCGUCUACUCAAACGUUCUUAGUCCCUAAUGCCCAGUCACCCCAACAUCAUCUUCCUCCUGGAGGCGAGGUUCAGCAUCAACAGGAAGGACCGGUGGAUCAGGGACUUCAGCCUCAACCGGUCCCACCUCCGCAAAUUGUACCACCGCCAUCGGCUGCUCAAAUGUCAAAUUCUAUGAAUGUUCUUACCAGCAUUCCUCCACCGACGCAAGCACCUCCUUCGCAAAAUGCUCCAUGGUUGUAUCAAGCGCAACAACCACAACAAAUGUUGCAACCUCAAGGUCAACUGCAGGUUCAGAUCCCACCAGGAAAUAUACCUUUACACAAUGUACCUCCGCCGCAAGUUCAGGCGCAGAUACAGUAUCAUGCUCAGCACAUGCAGUAUCAAAAUGGUCAUUUACCUCCACAAGUACACUAUACGGUUCAGCCACCGCCUCAACAGUUCGAUCAAAAGCCCGAUUCACCGGAACAGAAAUCUCAUGGCGUAAAGAGAAGGUUCUCAGACGUUGAAGCAAACCCGGAAGCACCGCCGUAUCAGUGUGGUCCACUACCUGCUCAGCGUCAUGGAACAGGAGAAGGUGAUCGACAGCAGCAGGUCUUGCAUGGUCCAUCAUCAACAGCUGCGGGUCUGCCUCAUGGUGAUCGAAACAAGCUGCUAAUGCCACCUCCACAUCCAGGUGAAAAACGAAGCAUGGACCAAAAGUCUGCUGGCAUAAGUUCAGGAAAUGAGCAGAAUCAAAUAGAAGAUUCGGUGAACAUUCAUUCUGGAGGUGGUCCGCCUCUACCUCCGCCGCUUCCGCCACAAGCACCAUGGCAGAUUCAUCAUGUCAGGGUUCCAUGGGGUAGACCACCCCCGAUGCCAAGAGACGCAGAGCAUCAAGGAGUGUGUCCUGUUCUACCUCCAACCAAUAUGCCACCGCCUCAAAUUAGACCCAGAGGACACGUUGAAGGCAAUCGUUCGCCCGUUCAAAAUGCAAUAUUGGAGCAUCCGUUGAACGUCGAAUAUAAUCAAAUGCCACCGUAUACCACAAAACCUCCCCCUUAUAAUUCACACCCAUUGAUGCAAUCAAUUUGCAAUCCACCGCCACCGCCACCGCCACACCAUCAACAACGACCGCAGCAUUCUCCUCAAACGAUGCAGCAUUAUCAGGUGCCAAUUUCUCAAACAUAUCAGCCACCGACUUCCUGUCCACCAUGGAUGAAUUAAACAUACCGUGACACGCGAACAAAGUUCUUACGCUAGUACCUUAAAGAUAACCGAUGCAGUGCGACCAAUUAAACGAUGUUCAAUCGAAUCGUCUCUAAACGUUAAACGGACGGCAUUGCAUCGCGUCAUCUUCGUUGAAUUGUUCCUUGCGAUAGUUAAUUAUAAUUUAAUUAUUCGUUGCGAACGUGUGGCUGGGAGAUGCUGUUUUGUAAAAAUGUGUAUAUGUUGGAAAUAAUUUAUAGCUAAGGUCUGUAAGGCUUUAGGUAGCGUAUGAUAGCAAUGAAUUUAUAAAUAUUGUUUUACGAGCAAAGGAUAAACUCAAUCGUCGAUCUAAUUAUGUAUUUAAUACCGAAUCGCAAUUUGCAAUGGAGAACCACUACUAACGGUGCGAUGUGGGUGCAUAUAGUUAGAACGAAGUUAUUUUAAUUAGUUCUAAAAAAAAAUGCUUCUAGUAUUCACGCACACAGACACAAUGCGAGGACUUAGGUGAAAUAAUUUUUUGUAUUCGUAGAACGAAAUUAGUCUUACGCGAGUUCACCGUACAGUGUCUGUCUUGUUUUAUUGUCCGUAUCACCACCGGUACCGUAUGAUUUAUUCAUAGAUAAUACACAUACGACGUACGUGAAUAAAUCAGUGUUGAAAAUCUUACGAUCCGCUAUCAAAAUUACGAGAUUUCUUUUGCGUGAGAAUUCACCAUAAUUGUAUAUAGGAUGUUCGGCAUCUCAAAAAUUUAAGAAAGAAUAAUAAUUUAUUAAUUGGGGCUCCGUUUAAGAGUUAUUAAUAAAUUACUAUUCUAGAUUUUGGUCUCUAGAAUUACCCCGUAAAAUUUUGAAAACAUAGAUGCAGAACACUCUGCACAUUAAUUUAUGCAGACAUUUUUAUACUAUAACUGUGAUUUCAUGAUUGAGUAAUCACGCUUUGUCUUCACGUGCGUCUUAAUAAAGUAAUUUUGGAUGCAGUAUGAUAUUUCAGCGUUACAGGGACAAGCGACAGGCUCUGUUCUAUUCGACUGGUGUACGAAAUCUUUUAACUUGCGUUAAGUUAUCAUUUUUUAUGGUUUAGUUAUAAAAAUAUAUUUUC